GUGUGCGCGAGAUUCGUGUCCCCUUCGAGAGUUCUCCAAUGGCGAAACCUUCACAUAUAUGCUGAAACAACGCAAUUUUAGUCUUUGAAUCUCUCGUCCUCUCGUUCUAUGCAAAUUGGGUUCGUUGAAUUUCUGCGUCUCUGUUGAAAUAUGCGUUCGAAAGACAAAAUUUCGUACUUCUAUGAUGGGGAUGUUGGGAGUGUCUAUUUUGGUCCGAAUCAUCCUAUGAAACCUCACCGGCUUUGUAUGACCCAUCAUCUUAUCCUUUCAUAUGGUCUACACGACAAAAUGGAAAUUUAUCGUCCACACAAGGCAUAUCCUGUUGAGAUGGCCCAGUUCCAUUCUCCCGACUAUGUCGAGUUCCUGCAACGAAUUAAUCCAGGGAAUGAGAAUAUAUUUGCAAAUGAAAUGGCUAGAUACAAUCUUGGAGAGGAUUGUCCUGUCUUUGAGGACAUGUUCGAGUUUUGUCAAAUUUACGCUGGUGGGACAAUAGAUGCUGCACGCAGAUUAAACAACAAACUUUGUGACAUUGCUAUAAAUUGGGCCGGUGGGUUACACCAUGCCAAAAAGUGUGAGGCAUCUGGGUUUUGUUACAUCAACGAUCUUGUGCUCGGAAUACUGGAGCUCUUGAAACACCAUGCCCGUGUUUUAUACAUAGAUAUAGAUGUGCAUCACGGUGACGGAGUGGAAGAAGCCUUUUACUUCACUGACAGGGUGAUGACUGUUAGCUUUCACAAGUUUGGGGAUAAGUUCUUUCCGGGAACGGGAGAUGUUAAGGAAAUAGGAGAAAGAGAAGGCAAGUUUUAUGCCAUAAACGUUCCACUCAGGGAUGGAAUUGACGAUAAUAGUUUCAACCGUCUUUUCAGGACCAUUAUCUCCAAGGUUGUUGAGAUGUAUCAACCGGGUGCCAUCGUUCUUCAGUGUGGGGCAGAUUCACUCGCUAGAGAUCGGCUAGGAUGCUUUAAUCUCUCUAUCGACGGUCAUUCUGAAUGUGUUAAAUUUGUGAAGAAAUUCAAUAUUCCCUUACUGGUUACUGGAGGUGGGGGAUACACAAAGGAGAACGUUGCUCGGUGUUGGACCGUCGAGACCGGAGUUCUUUUAGAUGCAGAGCUCUCCAAUGAGAUCCCCGAAAACGACUAUAUCAAGUAUUUUGCACCGGAUUUUUCGUUGAAGAUCCCUGGUGGGCAUAUUAUUGAGAAUAUGAAUACAAAAUCUUAUAUUAGCUCGAUCAAAGUACAGAUUCUGGAAAAUCUACGUUACAUCCAGCAUGCUCCAAGCGUGCAGAUGCAGGAGGUUCCACCUGACUUCUACAUUCCGGAUUUCAAUGAAGACGAACAAAACCCUGAUGUUCGUGUGGACCAGCGAGCACGGGACAAGCACAUUCAACGGGACGACGAAUAUUUCGAUGGAGACAAUGAUAAUGACCCGUAGACCAAACACAGCGGCGAGAAAAAGGGCUCAGGUCAUCAUUUUCCGACUUAUCCGAUCGUCGAGGCAAAAAAAAAUGGUGUAAGAGAAUAUUUUGGGAAAGCCGAAAGAUGUCUCGUUUUAGUCCGGUUUUGUUGUAGGGUCUGUGUAACAUGAAGCCUCUGAACCGAUUUUAGAAGAGAACCCAAAAUCCUAUAUGUACGCACCCUUGUUCGAAUUCAAAUGUAUUGGAUUAUGAAACUGAAAUCUCAAAAUGUAUCAUUUGGUCGGAUCAAGAUCCAAACUUUAUUAUUA